AUGUUUGUCUUUGACAUCUCAAUCUUUGCUUACAUUCAGAAGCUGCCAUGGUUGAGAAGAAGCCGAGAGGUAGUGGAAGAAUACCUGGGUUUUCUUGGCAAUCUAGUGUCAGCACAAACUGUCCAUCUUAGGCCAUGCCUCCGGAUGAUUGUAUCACAGUUUGUCCCCCCUCGAAUAACCAUCAGAGAUGAUGAUGUGGAUAUUUCAGAUUCUGAUGAUGAUGAUGAAAACCUUUCUGAAAACUUUAAUACAUGCCAUAGAGCAUUGCAGACUGUUGCAAGAUACGUUCCUUCGACACCACAAUUUCUCAUGCCGAUACUUGUGGAAAACUUUCCUUUCAUUAAUAAAUCAGAAAGGACUCUGAAAGGCAGAGUCCUGCUCCACCAGCCAAGUUCAAUUGGAGCUGUGUUUCGAACUUACGAACUGCUGAAGAACCCCCGAAGUUCUUUGAGUGUUAUGUUCAUAACCUACUACGAGUUACGGUGUACCUUCCAACUCUGAGGCUUCAAAUUCUGGAGCUUAUUAUUGAAAAGCUGUUAAAGCUGGAUGUUAGUACUCCACAGCAAGAUAUUGAAGACGCUGAAGAAACUGCUAAUAACUCUGAUAGUGAGGAAAAAUCUACAGAGGAGGGACUUUU